CUCGAAAGAAACCACUUAAGAGAGUAAGUCAAUUACCAUUAUAUCGACAAUAUCUACGUAGCAUUAAACGACAAUGAAGGCUAGACCUAGUGGUUGUGGUACCAGGUAGCCAAUGAAAUUACCCCGCGAGGAGCUCCCGGGAGCUCUGCACAAUGAUGUAAACAUCAAGACGAAGAGGCGUUCAAUUUCGUCAUGACUUGCUGUCGAUACAAGAACCGGACACUCCCAUCCGCUCCAGCCAAAAUGUACUCUUGGGCUUCGAUGAAAACACCGAGACGUCAUGACCUCACCAGUUGUCCGAGGCAUCUCCCACCAUAAGAAGCCGCUCGCUGGCAUCGUUCUUCGAGCCGGUGCUUUAAUCAAUCACUCACCAGCGCUUUGUGCAACACCAUCAUUCUGCUUACAAUCACCACAACUGCAGUUCCCUAGAUCAGCACAUCUAUUCCAAACAGUCAGAAUGGCGUCAAACACCCGCAACGAACCCUUCACCCGCGACAAGCUCUUCGACCUGAAGGGGCACGUAGCGCUCGUAACGGGCGGCGGCUCGGGCAUCGGGCUGAUGGCGACGCAAGCGCUCGUCGCCAACGGCGCCAAAGUGUACAUCACGGGGCGGACCAAGGAAAAGCUCGACCGCGUCGCGGAGCUAUACUCGCAGGGCAAAGACUCCAUCGUGCCCAUCACGUGCGACGUCACGGAGAAAGCUCAAAUCGCGAACCUAGUCAAGGAGAUAUCGUCGCGCGAGGAGUGUCUGUGCAUCCUGAUCAACAACGCGGGCAUCAGCGGCGCGACGAUGCAGACCGAGGCCGGCUCGGCCGAGGAGAUGAAGAGGAACCUGUUCGAUAACGAGAAGUCGACGGUGGAGGACUGGACGGACGUGUACCGCACCAACGUCGCGCAGGUCUUCUUCGCGACUGCGGCGUUCUUGCCGCUGCUGGAGAAAUCGUCGAAGCGCUUCCCUGGCUGGUCGGGCACUGUGAUUAAUAUCUCGUCGAUUAGCGGACUCGUCAAGACUGCGCAGCAUCACUUCGCGUAUAAUGCGUCCAAGGGUGCUGCGAUCCAUUUGACUAGGAUGUUGGCGUCUGAGGUGGCGGCUAACAGGCUGAAGAUUCGUAUCAACUCGAUUGCCCCGGGUGUUUUCCCUAGCGAGAUGACUACCGACGGCAGCAAUGAAGAUCAGAAGAGCCAUAUCGAGAAGGAAAAGUAUGAGAGCAAGGUGCCGGCGGGUCGUCCCGGGAAGGACGAUGACAUGGCGCAGGCGGUGCUAUUCUUUGCCGCGAACCAGUAUUUGAAUGGACAGACCGUUGCAGUAGAUGGCGGAUAUACACUCGCAGCUGGAGAAUAAAAUGAGGGAUUAUUACUAAAAGGAAGGUAUUAUUAUAUUAAAGGGACGGCGUUCGUGUGUAAGUUAUAAAGUAUAUGUUGGUAUUAUGAAGAUACGAAAUGAACCAAUCAAAUAGUCCGUUGGAACUAAUACAUGUAUACAUGCGAACACCUAGAGCAACACCUAUAGCUACCUUAUAUGAUCAAAUGUACCUAUUUAAACAACUUAAAGAUCUAUCUCAU